UGAAUGAAAAGGCAGUAGCUUUGGCUCUACUUCUGGAUUCUCUUCUCAUUUGGCCUGGGGGAGAUCCCUUUCCAUCUCUGAAUGUUCUUAUUUGGCAAAUGGGCUCCGUGCCCUCUGAGAUCUGUUCAUUUGGGGCAUUUGGAGUCUGCCUUUGGUUGAUGCAAAAUGAGUGGGGUCAUAGGCCAGGGCUCCGUGGGGGAGUUCCCAGGUGGAAUCAGCACUGGGGGUGUUCAGGAUUGGCAGCCAGACCACUUGGAAAGCCAUCUCGGCCCCAGAGACUGCCCUGAAACUCUGGCUGGGGCCUGAAAGAGGCCAGUGGAGCAGGUCUUGGUGGUCACUGUAUCCUUUCGGGUCUGUGAAAAUCUGCCUUAUUUUCAGACUGUCAGGGGAGAGGCUUCCACCCCUCCUCCCAAGAUCAGGGCCAGAUCAUAGGCUGAAGUGAGUGCUGGCCAGGAGCUUCGAGGAGAAGGAGACUGGAGAACUAUUCAGACAGACAGGAAGUAGGACUUAAAAGGGAAAACAAUGCUGAAUUGGGAGCCAGAAGACAUGGGUUCUCAUGCUGCCUUUGCUCCUUUGCAGCUGCAUGGGCUAGGCAAGCUGAGUUAGCUCCCUGAGGCUCAGCACCCUCAUCUGUGAGAUGGGACCUUCAUGAGGCUCAAAGCCAGAUGGCCAGGCCGCUGUCCACCCCCAGCCCUUCGCAGAUGCAGGCCAGGAAGAAACGCAGAGGGAUCAUAGAGAAACGGCGCCGAGACCGCAUCAAUAGCAGCCUUUCUGAAUUGCGGCACUUGGUGCCCACCGCCUUUGAGAAACAGGGCUCUUCCAAGCUGGAGAAAGCAGAGGUCUUGCAAAUGACGGUGGAUCACUUGAAAAUGCUCCAUGCCACUGGCGGGACAGGAUUCUUUGACGCCCGAGCCCUCGCAGUUGACUUCCGGAGCAUUGGUUUCCGGGAGUGCCUCACGGAGGUCAUCAGGUACCUGGGGGUCCUGGAAGGGCCCAGCAGCCGUGCAGACCCUGUCCGGAUUCGCCUUCUCUCCCACCUCAACAGCUACGCAGCUGAGAUGGAGCCUUCGCCCAUACCCAGCAGCCCCCUGGCCUUGCCUGCGUGGCCUUGGUCCUUCUUCCAUAGCUGCCCGGGGCUGCCGGCCCUGAACAGCCAGCUCGCCAUUCUGGGAAGAGUGCCUAGCCCUGUGGUCCCCAGCACCUCCUCUCUUGCUUACCCCAUCCCAGGCCUCCGAACCACACCCAUGCGCAGAGCCUCUGGAGCCAUCCUUCCAGCACGGAGGAAUCUGCUGCCCAGUCGGGGGGCAUCUUCCAUCCAGAGGGCUCGUCCUCUGGAAAGGCCAGCUGCCCCUCUCCCUGUGGCCCCCAGCAGCAGGGCUUCCAGGAGCAGCCACCUCGUUCCCCUCCUGCAGUCUUCCUCCCCCACACCCCUUGGUGCUAUGGGGUCCACUGCUAAUGUGGCUGUUCCCGUCUCCAGGGCAUCUUCUGAAGCACCAGCUGGGAGGCCUUUGGGAGCUGCGCUCUGCCGCUCCUGGGCCUCUGAAAUCACUGAAAUUGGUGCUUUCUGAGCUGCCCCCCUUCCCCCAGGAGCAAGGAAGCUCUAAAAAAUGACACUACCCUUUCUGCUUUUGCUCCCCAGACAGGCUCUUCUGUUAAGGCCCCUUCCUCCUCCUCUGCUGACCCAGUCUGUCCACCUGGCUCCUCUCCCCUGGAGUUGAUCUGAUCCCAGAGGUUUGGUCCCAUUUCUCACCUGUGCAGUGAGUCAUGGUACCUCACGAGCCCCUACGAACUGUGCCCAGCCCCCUCUCACAUCCAGUACGCAUGGAUCUUGGGUCUGAGGUCAAAGAGUUAGCAUAAGGAUCCCUUGGCUGGAGGCAGGCUGCCUCAUAUCCCGGAGACAGUAACUGAGCAAGGGCCACAACAGGUUUCUUGGGCACCCUGCCUGGCCCUGCCUGACUAUCUUUGGCCACCGCACUCUCCACUGCAGCCCAGGCUGGGACCCUGGGGGCCCAGCAGGAGCGGCUGCCACUCUCCUGGUGCAGACAUCAGCCCUCCUGCAGACCAGCAGACCCCUGCCCCAGGCUGGCUUGACCAGUGAGGCCAGGAGGUUUCUGGGCAACAGCAGAGCUCUGUGACAGGAUGUCUGUCAUGACUGCCAGGCCACAACAGCACUGCCGGCCAGGAGCCAGGGAUGAACAAGCAAGGAGCACUCAGCUCCCUGCCACUGGCAGUCACCAUCCUCCCUGUGUGUGGUCCCGCCCCGUGGGGUGCACAGUGCAGACCUCCACAGCCCACGUGGGCAUCCUCUUGGGAUUCAGCACCAGACGCCUGAGCUGCCUGUUUUGCAUCGGCUUGCAGAGCCCAGACUGCUGCCACAGCCAAGGGCUGUCAUGCUGGACAAAAAUAACUGUGAGGAGGGCUAGGAGGAAGAACAAUCCGAGGCGGCUGGGCCCUUCAAGGUCACACCGAAGGUCAAGGGCCUGAGAUCCUGUUCACCCAGAGUCUGCACACUGGCUCUGCUCAGAAGCUGUUUCAUUCCACAGCUCUGCCUUAGGCCACUUUCCUCUAACGGAAGAACAAAGGGCCUGGUGUCCAUUCCUAGUGGAACAGCAGAGACUGGAGCGACAUUCGGGGUUGCCACAUUAGUUGACAAAGUGCAGAAACAUUUCUGUACUCAUUGGGGAGGACCCCACCCCCACCCUGUGCUUCUGAGUGCCGCAGGCACUGGGCAUUUUCCCUGGGACCACCACCAUAUGGUUAAUGCCCAGUGGACCCAAGGCUUUGGGUUCCCAAGCUGACCACUCAUUAGCGCUCAUGCCACACUGGUUAUUAAAUACUCUCCAUGUCUCCGACCCAAGGCUCUCUGACCCCCAGCCUUUGAUGGCUCCCACUCUCCUCAGGCUACAGUAAGGAGGCUCCUUGCAAACAAAGGUAGUUUACAAAACCCUGGGGCAAAGGGUCCUUUCAGAGAAGUGGGGCAGAGGGCAGAGGUUAUUUGAGUGAUCCAGAAAGCUCUUUUUAAAAGCAAGUUGCUCAGGAAGGACUAAAGAGGUAAGUACUCCUUUCAUUUUUUAGCGAGGAGAGCCAGCUUGAUCAGAUGCAGUCCUGUGAACCCACCUGAGAUGGGCGACAGCAAGGCAAGAGGGCCUCGCUGCAGAGUGGCUUAUGGCAGGGGCUGCCCCUGAGAGAGGAGAAAGUGAGGGGAGCACAGUCACAGAGGCACCCAGGAGUUGGAAGAGGGGACAGGAAAUGACAGAAGGCAAAGACCAGUCUCACCUGUCUCAGGAAGGAGCUCACUCAGGACAGGAAGAGGAAGUGCCCCCUGCUCCCCUCCCCCUCCCCACCCUGACCCUCCCUCUCCUCCUAUCCGCUGCUCUCCAGCUGCUCCCUGGAUCCCAGGGUGCCCUGCGGACCUGCAGUUUGGUGACCUCCUAGCCUGAGAGCCUAGCCAGGCCGUGGGAGACACAUUUCCAUGCUGCAGGUACCCAACUCUGAAACAGUCUGCUGACACUAUUAAAAAGAGUUGGAAAUGGCCCGGCACUUUCAGGGUUUUGCUUGGUCUCAGGUUUGUUCCCCUGAGAACUUGGUGGAAAGGUGACAGUGUGUUUGUUCCCAGCAGAUGGGGUCUUGAGUCCUCUGUCUCUGUUCUCAAGCCUCCGUGGUACCCUGACUCUCCCCACGCCACCACAGGGGUGUUGCAGCCAAUAAAGAUUUAGUUCUUCUGGAAACCUCCAGUAGAUUCUACGUAAAAAUCUCGGGAGUCCAUCCACUUGCAAGUCCCCAGCCACCAUGCUGACCGGCCACAUCUCUUCUCCCCUAGAGCACUGUCUCAGCCUCCACAGACUCUUCUAGCCUUGCCUCUUGGUCUGUCAAUCAGUUCUUAACAAGCACAGAGAACCUGAAUCAUGGAUCACAUCAUAUCCACACUUCCUCUUUUUUUCCACAGAUAGAAUCCAAACUCUUCCUCUUUUGUUCCCAGUUCCCGACCCUACUUCAAGCCUCAUUUCCCUCCAGGCCCAAACUUUUACUGCCACUUCUGCCCUCCUACCUUGCCUUUAUUUCCUCACUAUUCCAACCUUGCUCCCUCCUCUAGCAGCACCUCAAAUAUGCUGUUCCCUUCACCUAGAAUGCUGUUCCCUGCCCUAGGCAUGGCUAGCAUCUUUGAACCCUCAUGUCUUGGCUUAAAUGUCACCUCUUUAGAGCCUUCCCUAACUACUAUCCUUUAAUAGUUAAUCAAUCUCAAAGGUCCCCAUUUUUCCCUUUCCUUCUUGGGGUGUUGAGGACUAGGCUACAUAACUCAGAUCUCACAGUCUUGAGGUGGGUGUUAUCUUGCCCCAGAAACAAGGAAGUAUGUCAAAGGCUGUAUGCCCCCUGGCUAUGGGUAGAAUGCAGAUAACCCAGGACUCCUGAGGCAAGACAGCAUCUGCUGAGGACAGUUGUCAAUAUACUGGCAUUUGCCCUUAGAGAAAAUCUGGUCCCUCAUUAACUUAAUCAUUAUCCACCCAUUCUCUGUAGUUGCUGUUCCAUGAAACACAUGCUACCCCUCCUUCUGCACUUCUCACUGGCUAAUAAAAGUGGGCCAAUGCCAAGUUUUAUUUGAGUCUGUCCACUAGAGACAGUCCUCCUCCUGGCCCCCCUUUACAUCUUGAAAA